AUGCAACUCAAGAAAGGUUUGAUAAAGGGAGAGCAGACAUAUCUAGCCACGGUGGUGGUAGAUGAAGAAGUAGGCAAAGAGCUGGUGCUUACAACCAUCCAAGCGGCGUUGGGUGAGUACAAGGGGGUGAUGCCGAAUAAGUUGCCUCAUGAAUUACCUCCACUACGGGGUGUGGAGCAUGAGAUCAAGUUGUUUCCAAGAUUGAAACCACCUGCAAAAGGGCCAUAUCGGAUUACGCCUCCAGAGUGGAACUGGACAAAAGAGUACCAGGGAUCCUUUGAUGACUUUAAGGAUGCCAUAAUGAGAGAUCUGGUACUUACUCUUCCAGAUGUCAUGAAACCCUUUGAGGUACAGAUAGAUGCAUCGGACUUCGCCCUUAGAGGAGUCUUGGUACAGGACGGGCACCCUGUUGCGUACGAAAGCCAUAAGCUUAGUGAAGUAGAGCAGAAGUACACAGCUUAA